AUGGGCAUCUUCGAGCUCAACGCGAGCGCGCGCGGCGCGCCGGCGCGCAUCGUCGGCGUCGGCGCGGCGUCGUCGAAGCUCUGCGACCGCUUCUGGUCGACGCUCUCGAGCGUCGACGUCAUCGGCUGCAUCAUGCACCCCGACGCCUGGUUUCGCUUUCCGCACGGGACCGUCACCGCCGAGCAGCUCGCGAGCUCGCGCGCGAUCCUCGAGCGCGACGCGCACACGACGCUCGACAGCGUCGCGACGGCCGUGGCGCUCGCGUGCGGCGUGACGCUCCUCGCCGGGCCGAUCGUCUUCUUCCAGGGCGUCUUCGACAAGGUCGACUCCGCGGCCCUCGACCUGGCCCUCGAUGCGCGGAAGACGCGCGGGCGCGCGUGGUGGGAUGCGCUCACGCCGCAGCAGCAGCUGGACCGCAUGCAGGGCGCGUGGGACGGCCGCGACGACUGGUGGGACGCGCUCUCGGAGACGGAGCGGCGCGACAAGGUGAAGCUCAUGCUCGACGGCCGCGACGACUGGUUUAACGGGCUCUCGGAGACGGCGCGUCAAGCUCGCCGAGACGACAUCUCGUCGAAGAUGAUCGGCAACACGAACAACACGCGGUCGACGACGGAGCACACCAAGGGAUGCCCCAACCCGAACUGCCCGGAGCAGUUCCACACGACGGACGCGCACGCGAGCCGCGCCUUCCAGGCCCACUUCCGGCGCGAGAGCUGCCGCCCCUGCGUCGCCUUCGUCCGCGCGGCUAUCAAGGCCGGCGACCCGCACGGCGUCCUCUGGGGCUGGCGGCCCGGGUUCCGGUCCAAGUGGCCGAAGUGGAUCUCCCCCCCCAAGAAGAAGUAA